AUGGUUGUCUCAAACGGUGAAGGCUUUGAAGUCUAUGAAUCAGGCCCAAAUACAGCAGUAGAAAAUGAAGAAAAACAAGAAAGUAAGUACUAUUUACAUUUCAGGAUAAACUAAAGGAUAAGUUUAUAAUACGAACAUUUUUAGAGCCAGAAGUCUCAUUUAUUCCUGAAGAAAUGAAUAAAAAGUUCCCGGCUCAUGUGCUUCAAGUCAUACCUAAAAAUGAUGGUGAAACUUGCAAAGAAAAGUACAAUCGUCUUCGAAGUGAAGCGUACCUACUGCAAGAACAAAUAAUUCAGGAUAAUCUGAAUACAGAUAUCUCAACAGAAGUAUGCCCGGUAGAUGAAAUCAAGUUUUUGGUGCAUUCUUUGAAGAAUACCAUUGAUAACACUUCAUCGUAAGUUUUAUUUCUUAUUUACUUGAUUCUUUAGAGCGAGCGAUCUGAACUUCGACGUGCUUCGCUUCAAUUCUUUGAAAGAACGAAUUGAGAAUCUGGAAAAGUCACUUGGUGUAGAUUCAAUGACAGCAAACGAAACAUCUUUACAAAAAGUUGUCGAGGAGUUGAAAACAAGGGUCCAGAUUAUGACUCCUGGUUACUUGAACGGCAUCUUCAAGAAGAUUCAGUAUUUGAACAAGCAGAACGCCGACAGCGGUGCUCUAGACGCCAUUUCUUCAAACUCAAAAGAUGAAAAGAUUGCCAUUAAUGAAGUCAGUGCUUUGAUUCAGCGUUGGGACGAAAAGUGUAAAGAACUUGGAGCUACUGUGGAAAGUCUGAAGGUUUCUGAGGGGUUACAUCACGAUGGUAAGCUAUUACCUAUUAGAAAGUUAUGGUGCCUCGUUUAACCAAGUAAUUUUUAAUAUUUUCAGCAGAAAGAAUUUUGUUAAAAUGGGAAAAGCUGAUGAAUCUAAAACAGAACGUAGAUCAGACUUUAGCUUAUCACAAGAAAGCGCAAGAAUUAACUGAUCUGAGGAACAAAGAACGGAUAGCUUCAUUUUUGGAACGAAUUGAGGCUUUAAAACAAAACUCUGAGUAA